CACACCCUGGGCCUGUGGCACGGUGCGGACCUGGGAGGAUGGGCGGCCUGCUGCUGGCUGCUCUUCUGGCUUUGGUCUCGGUGCCCAGGGUCCAUGCCCUGUGGUUGGGAAGACUGGACCCUAAGCAGCUUCUUGGGCCCUGGUACGUGCUUGCGGUGGCCUCCCGGGAAAAGGGCUUUGCAGUGGAGAAGGACAUGAAGAACGUCGCGGGGGUGGUGGUGACCCUCACUCCAGAAAACAGCCUGCGAAUUCUGUCCUCCCAGCACGGGCUGGAAGGGUGCAGCUAGAGUGUCGUGGAGCUAAUAAAGCGAAACUCGGGAUGGGUG